UCUGUCCUCUGAUCAUGGCUCGUCAAUUGCUGCUGCCAGCGCUCUGUGCGGCUCUGUUUUCGCUACUCAAUUGCGUUGGUGUUGAAGGCAAGCUGUACAGCAACCAUGUAGACCAGACGGAGCGGUUUGCGAAGCGCACGCAGCCUACGCGGCGUGGAAUAGAGUCGAGGACUACGAAUACCUCCAGCUUCCGCUAUCUGACGGAUGCUACCUCUGAAUACCGCGUCGCUUCGCUCCCCGACAUCGACAUCGACGUUGGCGAGUUGUAUAGCGGCAUGAUGCCUGUGGAUGAGUCCGAUCCUGAUAGCGCCAUGUUCUUCUUCUUCGAGCCGCGCAUAGGCGGCGAUCCGGUAGACGAGAUCACUAUCUGGCUGAAUGGCGGACCUGGCUGCUCGUCCUUGGAGGGCUUCUUGCAAGAAACCGGCACCUUCAUCUGGUCGUGGGGAAUGGCGAAUGCACAGCAGAAUAUGUAUGCCUGGGCCAACCUGACGAACAUGCUAUGGGUUGAAUACCCCCUCGGAGUCGGAUUCUCAGCCAACUACACCCCCGUAGCUACGUCCGAAGAAGAAAUUGCCGCCGACUUCCUCAAGUUCUUCAAGAACUUCCAAACCAAAUUCGGCAUCAAGAACUACAAGAUAUUCGUCACCGGCGAAUCCUACGCUGGCCGCUACGUGCCCUACAUCGCCGACGCCAUGAUUGAAGCCAAUGACCCUUGCUACUAUAACCUCUCGGGCAUCCUCAUCUACGACCCCACCAUUGGCCAGCUCGACCGCCAGGAGACUGCCAUCCCAAUCGUGCCCUUUGUCGAAGACCAUGCCAAGUUCUUCAACUUCAACAAAACUUACAUGGAUCAUCUUUCAUAUGCCUACGAGAGCUGCGGCUACCGCAACUACACGGACACCUACCUCACCUACCCCGCCUCAGGCGUCCAGCCCUCCUUCGAACCCAACACCACCGCCGACGGCUGCGACCUCUGGAACGAAGUCUACAAGGAGGCGUACCGCAUAAACCCCUGCUUCAACGUCUACGAAAUCAGCCUCAUGUGCCCGCUCCCCUCGGAUCCUCUCGGCUUCCCAUCGGAUCUUGUGUAUCUGUACCCUGCGUUUGGUGACUAUGCCUACUUCGACCGCCCCGACGUCAAGGCCGCGAUCCACGCCCCGGAGAGCGUCACCUGGAGUGAGUGCAACGGCCUGGCCUUCAACGGCUCCGGGGGCCCAGCCGGCUACGGCGACCUCUCGGCCGACCCCCUGCAGCACGUCCUCCCGCGCGUCAUUGAGACCACCAACCGCGUGCUCAUUGCGGGCGGCGACUACGACAUGGAGUUGCCCGUCGUCGGUACCUUGCUGGGCAUCCAGAACAUGACGUGGAAUGGCGCGUUGGGAUUCGUGGCGCGACCGUCGAAGCCGAUCGAUAUCAAGUUGCCGGAUCUGCAGUACGCGCAGGUGUAUGUGGACAGUGGCUUUGAAGGAUGGGAUGGGCCGGGACAGGGCAUUAUGGGGGUGCAGCAUUAUGAGCGCGGGCUGAUGUGGGCCGAGACGUACCAGAGUGGGCAUAUGCAGCCGCAGUUUCAGCCGCGGACGACCUAUCGGCAUCUGUCGUGGGUCUUGGGGCGAAUUGAGGUGUUGUAAGUAUGAGUUGAGUCUAGUGACGUUUAUGUGUUACGGUCGCCUCAAUCAUUUCAAGGGAAGCGGAAUUCAUACCUACUUUCCAUGAUCCUACAUCUUCUACAGAGCCAGGUCCCCCAUUGUCCUAUGCAGCAACGUCAGACAGCGCCGGUCCAACUACCAUACCCACCAUGCCUCCCAAUAAUCCU